GGCAACCCCGUCAGCCGGGCCCAUCUUUGAAUCAGCACCGGGAUCGGAGACGAAGAGGUCAGAUCUUAGUGACCAGGAGUUAAGGAGGCAGGGAGCGCCCCGGAAGCUCGGGACACUCGGGAAGGAAGCUCAGCUGCCCCUGGUCCGGGCGGCGUGACCCUCAGCCCCGCCAUCCCGACCGCCGCCAUCUUUGUUAGGGGUGGGAGCAUUUCCGACCGCUAGACGAAGCGGAGCCGCCUGCGAAAUGGUGACGGCACCAUCACACCGAGGGCACUGACCGGGCCGGCACCAUCUUUGAUAGGGGCGCGCACAUUAGCGGCGGCAAAAGUGAAGAGUGGCCCGAUCGCGCCAUUUCUGAUGGGGCCGCGUGCACUUCCGGCCACGGAAACGGGACAGCUCUCCGGAGCGAAAUAGAUCAGCAGCAGCGCCUCCCGACGCGACCCCGAGGGGCAUGGCGGAAGACGGCACUUCGGGGGCCGUGCACUUGCUCUGCCUCGCCGCCUCCAGCGGAGUCCCCCUAUUCUGCAGGAGCAGCCGCGGGGGCGCCCCCUCCCGGCACCAGCUGCCCUUCUCCGUUAUCGGCUCCCUCAAUGGCGUGCACAUGUUCGGGCAGAACCUGGACGUGACGCUGCGCUCCGCGCGCACCGAGGACACGGCCGUGGUGUGGAAGACUUUCCACGACAGCGUCACCCUCAUCGUCCUGUCCUCGGAGCCGGGAUGCUCGGAGCUCAGGCUGGAGCGGCUGCUGGAGCUGGUGUUCGGGGCCAUGGUCCUGCUGGUCGGCCUGGAAGAGUUGACCAGAAUCCGCAACGUGGAAAGACUGAAGAAAGAGCUGAGGGCCACCUAUGGCCUCAUCGACAGCCUCCUGGGGGACGCGGAGCUGGCCGGGGACCUGACCCAGUGCGUGGACUGCAUCGCCCCGGGGGACGGGCCGCUGCUGCAGGAGGCCCUGGCAGGCUUUGCUGAGGAGGUGGGCAGCGUCUUUGCCAGCCUGGUGGUGGGUGGCCGGGUGGUGGUGGGCACGGAGGGCUGGUGGCGCCUCGGGUCUCCGGAGGCGGUGCUGCUGCCCUGGCUGGUGGGCACCCUGCCAGCCCAGGCUGCCCGCGACUACCCCGUCUACCUGCCCCAUGGGAGUCCUACGGUGCCCCACCGCCUCCUGACACUGAUGCUGCUGCCCCGCCUGGAGCUGUGUGUGCUGUGUGGGCCUCAGCCCCCUCUCAGCCAGCUGGAGCCUCAGGUCCUGGAACGCUGGUGGCAGCCAGUGCUGGAGCCGCUGAGGGCCUGCCUGGCCCUCGCACCCAGGGCGAUCCCGGCAGGCUUCUCACUGCACCCUGACAUUCUAGGGCUCCUCUUCCUGCACCUGGAGCAAAAACGUGCCUUCUUCACGGUGGAUCUUGGUGGAGAGGAAGGUCCUUCCCCCAGGACCCGCCGGCGCCUCCUCCGCUCCUUCUAUGUGCUGGUCACUGCCACCCACUUCCCUCCAGAGGCGGGGUCAUCAGAGGAAAAGGCCGAAGAGCAGGGGUGCCCCACGGGGGUUCCCCGGGCCUGCUAUGUGGUGUCUGGGGCAGCUGCCAAGGGGCCGGAGGGCCGGGAGGACCCCGGGGCUGGGCUCAGGCUGGUGGCGAUCCAGGCGGGGCCCCGCCGCCUCCUGCUGCUGGUGAGCCCCCAGAGCCCAACGCAUGCCCUGCGGGGCCUGGCCACUCGGACCCUGCACGCUCUCACCCCCUUCCUCUAGGACCCCAAUAAAGCGCCCGGCCCUGCCACUGCACCAGCGUCUCAUCUUUUAUUCGCUCACAUUAAUACACGGUGGGCUGGGGGCAGGGCAGGGGAGGGGACGGCCCUAGCCCCUUCCCCUCUGUGCUUCAGGGAGGGGGGCCCCCGACACUGUAAACA